CUCCUCUCCGCCCAGACCCACACACACACACACACACACUCUCUCUCUCUCUUCCCCUCUAUCUGAAAGAAAAGGAUGGACUUUGUCAAGCAGCUUGACUUUUCGCAGGAGACGCCGUUCGGUCUGCGUCUGUACCCUUACUUUGAAAAGGCAUAUCACGCUGUCACAGGCCACCAUGCCGCCGAUUUCGUCUUUACGCCUGAAGUCACGCCCUUCUCAACUGUCAACGAAGUUGUGGCUACGUGCAUCACCUACUUUGUCGUCAUCUUUGGCGGUCGGUACCUCAUGACCAACUUGCCCGCUCAACGCUUCCAAUAUCUUUUCCAGCUCCACAACCUGCUGCUGACCUUGGUUUCGGGCGCCCUGUUGGCCCUGAUGGUCGAGCAAUUGUUCCCUGUCGUUUACAACCACGGCUUGUUGUAUGCUGUCUGCAAUCAGGAUGCCUGGACCCAACAGCUUGAACUGCUCUACUACCUCAACUACCUCGUCAAGUAUUGGGAGCUCUUUGACACGGUGUUCUUGGUUGUCAAGAAGAAGAAAUUGGAAUUCUUGCACUAUUAUCACCACAGCUUGACAAUGGUCCUUUGCUACUCGCAGUUGGUCGGCCGCACUUCAGUGUCGUGGGUUCCUAUCACGCUUAAUUUGACCGUGCACGUCUUGAUGUACUACUACUACUUCCGCACUGCUGCUGGCGCCAAGAUCUGGUGGAAGCGCUAUCUGACCACUAUGCAGAUCACCCAGUUCAUCAUUGAUCUGUUUGCCGUCUACUUCUGCACCUACACCUACUUUGCCUACACCUACUGGCCCCAUCUCCCCAACAUGGGCUCCUGCUCCGGUACCGAAACUUCGGCUCUGUUUGGCUGUGCUCUCUUGAGCUCGUACCUGCUCUUGUUCAUCAACUUCUACCGCCUCACCUACCAGGCCAAGAAGGCCAUGGAGCAGAAUGCGGCUGCUGCUGGUGCCGAAAAGCCAAAGAGCAAGAAGAUCUAAGCAUUUCUCUCCCAAAGGAAAAAAAAAUUAUCUAAUACCAUCAAACACACACACACACAACUCACACACUCUCUCUCAUGCUACACAUUUAAUCUCUUACUCUCUUACACACAACAGUUAAUAUUACACACUCUUGCUUUCUCUCCGCUUUUUUCUGUUUGUCUGUCUUUUCGUUUUUUCUUCUUUGUAGUCUAUUCUUCCUUUGUCUCUCAUCCACACCUCUAUACAUCUUACUAUAGUCAACCUUUUGUAAUGCAAGUUCUUCUGUAUUAAAACAUCAAAAGCAUAUCAAUAUCAUCUUUAUAGUGAUGAAGAAGAAGAGAUUCCUAAGAAGAUGGUUGAUGAUUCCAUGAUGAUGAUGAUGAUGAUGCUAACAAUAGUACAUUGUACAAUAUCUGAGCCCACGUGUCCAGCGGGCCUGGUAUGCAAUAACGUAAAC